UCCUUCCCCUCAUUCCCUUGCCCUCAGUAGAGCCUUUCUCGUGCAUCCUCGCAGCCUCCGCUGAGGGGAACAAGGGGAGAUCUUCAUAGGUCGUAAGGUCGCACUAAUCCAGUGUUUACCUCCCCGUCGCCCCACCAUUGGCUGCCGGGGGAAAUGGUUUUUAUUUUCGUCAUCCCUCACCGUCUGGGACCACCCGGCAACCUCCCGCUGAAGGAAUUUUCUGAUUGGCUCCCGCUUGUUGUUGUGGGGAGCGAGGGGGAGUAGCCCCGUCGGAGACACGUGUGGUGCCUCAGAUUGUCACCGAUCUGGCGGUGUGUCCUCGCCCUAGUGGCGCAUGGAGCCGCUAAGGGCGCCGCCACUCCCAGGGAGACACACUUCUCGCCCGGGCAUCUAAUGACAGCGAUUCGAAUUUUAGCGGUUCGAUAAAAUGCAAAAACUAGUAACCGGGCCGGCACAUGGCGCCCAGACCCCGCCCACCGCAGCCACACAUGCGCAGAGCGGCGGCGGCGGCGGCGGUGAUGAUGGGAGCGGCGGCGGCGGUGGCGGCGGGGGAUGGUGGUGAUGGUGGUGGGGAGGCAGUGAGUGUAGUGUAAGGGAGGUUGGGGUGUACUCUUGUGUAUCGCCGCGCGCUCUCUGCCACCCCGCCGCUCCCCCCUCCCCUAAGCCCUAGCGUGAGGGGGACCCGCGGCGCACAAGUCCCACCCGCAGGUCCGUGCGGUGCCAUGUGAGACGGUGACCACCAGUGUGUCCUUGUCUUGUGAUUAUCCUCUGGCUGGAAAAUGUAGAAUCGCGGCUCGCGGAAGACAGCGGACAGCACUGGCCUCCGUCCGCGGCGAGCGGGACUCACUGGGAGGCUUGCGGCUCCCGAGACCCCGAGCUGCGGCUGGAAACUGACUGAGUGUGUCGCGUCCACGGCGGCUCUGCCCGGUGCGUUGCUUGGAACCAAGGGUAACUGCUGCAGGCCUCGACCUGGACUGUGGACACGAUUUAAGGAGUGAUCACCAAAAUAUUUUGUUGUCACAACCACUCCACCAGCCGUCACUCACCACCACCACUAAUACUAGUCACGCACACACACACACACACACACACACACACACACACCUAGUCACCGCAAGUGAAUACCGAACUUAAUCGCAACGAAAUAUGAGUUGCGCUCAAGUGAUGUACCAGCCGUACGCCCACAGCCCGUACAUGGUGCAGCCCGACACCCCGCAGGCUGCACCCCCGCACCCUUCAGGCUCCACCACGCCUGGGGGUGACUCCAGGCAUGGAGAAGGGGUGCUCCAUAUAACACCGCAGGCCCCGCCGCCACCACCACCACAGCCUGCGAAUCUCGCCUCUCACACGCCGCCCCACCUCCACCACCCACACCACCAGCACCAACACCACCACUCCCCGCCACAGACCCAUGGAGGAAGGGAGGGUGGGGCGGUGGGAGGCCAGACGCAACAGCAGGCUCAGCAAGGAGCAUCGGAGGCAGGCGGCACACAGCGGCCCCUCCCGCGGCCACCCUACAGGACGGCGUCCACGGAAGCAGCGGAACAGGAUGGCCCGCCGGAGAAGAAAUUUUGCCGCGACAACGAAGCCCCGCCCACGCCCGCCGCCUCCCACCACCAGCAUCCGCCCCACCCACACGCGCACCACUCCCACCACCACCACCCUCCCAUCACGGAGCCCCCGGGAUCGCCCACGGAGGAAGCCAAUGAAGUGAAGUACGUGUCCGCCAACUGCAUGGUGGUGACAAACUACGUGGGUGACACUGGCUCUGUGGUGGACGAGCACUUCUCCCGAGCCCUGGCCGCCGCUGCCUCUGCUCCCCUGCACUAUGAGAAGCCCCACUCCCCUGCCAAAGCCUCGUCCCCAAUGACAGCGAGAAAUUUUCCCCCGUCAUUCUGGAACAGCCACUACCAAGCCUCCUCCUCCUCGUCAUCGUCAUCAUCCUCAUCAUCGUCACGACCACCCAGCCUGGCGGGUCAACUUGGGUCGUCGCCUGGGGAGUUGUACGAUCCCUACCACCCCGGCGGCCCCUCACCCCUACAGGCCUCAGCGCACGAUCCCUGGGCGGCCUACUCUCUCUCCUCACAGGCAUACGGGCACCGCAGCAUGGCGCACGACAUGUACCAGGCCGCCAUGUCCAGCGUGCCAUCAUCCUCGAGGGCGUACCAUCACCAUCACCACCAAUACCCUUCCCUCUCACUACAGCCGCACCACCUGCCGCGCCUCCCGACCGUCACUCCUGUUCCCUCGCAAAUGGGGGUGGGCAAGCCUGAGGGGUGGGGUGCCCGCUACCACGACCACUUCCCCGGCCCAGAAUUCACACAUGGCCUAGACUCCAACUACUCCGCAACCCCGCACUACCCCAGCGUGCCAGGACUGGAAACAGGCGUUCCUCAGGACGGGGCCAAGGAUCUGUACUGGUUCUGAACGGGCCAUACCUUAAUUAAAGACCACGCCAUACCACCGCUGAGGAAGCCGCUUCACUCCUCCUGCUGCGCAGCGCCGCCCGACAAGCCAGCGCGGCGUGAAACCAUGUUACGGCAAACGCGCCAUUACUGUAGUUACAUACAUACAUAUGCAUAUAUAUCGCUGUUUAUCGGAUAUCGGGUAAUGAGAUAUUAUUUUAAGUGGCCACAGAGAUUCAGUGUAGUGUAUUACUGUGCUGAGGUGAAGUGUGCGAGGCAUGAGGCGGCGUGAGGAGUCUGGAGUGUGGCGAGGGGCGGCACACUGCAGGAGGCUUCGUGCCCCAACGUGGAGACAUGCAAGGUGCUAAGGCGGUGCCAAGUGAAUGUCUUUUUUUUUUUCUUUUAGUGUUAUAUAUAUUUUUCUACAAAUGUACAAAUCUGGGACAAAAAAUCUCAAGUUAUGAAUGCUUUAACUACCUUUACUAUGUUUUCACUCUCAUCGUAUUUUUCUUUCGUUAGCUUUAGUUUUGGAUAAUUCUAUAGAGUAUAUCUCGCCCUUGUGUACACUGCCGGGACCGUCGUAGGUUUAGUCAGUCCCGGAUGCAAGACGGCUGGUCUCCCUUCGCUAAAUGACUGACUUGGCUCUUCUAAUUUCCUUACGGUUAUUGUCACCCUCAUAUUUCUUUUUUAGGUUAUUUAUUAUUUAUGCUACCUGGCUGUUGUUGCUGCUGCUGCUGCUGUUGCCGCUGCUGCUAUUAAUACCACUCCUCACACCACACUCUUCUACUCUCUCUCGUUACCGUGAAUCUGCGGCCCGUGUCACUGUCACCUCACCGCGCCGUCCUUGCUGUCUAUAGUGAUGUUGACUCAGGCCUUGCGUUACUCUGGCCACACUAUAGUACCAAAGCUUCACCUCCACUUCCUCGUGUGACGUCCAUUCUUCGAAACUUACUCAAUUCUUAUUACAUUCCAACCAGUGUUUCAUUUUUCUUUUUAAAUAAUUGACUCAUAUAAGGCGCACAAUGUCCAGAAAAUAUUAACAUUUUAUUUAGUUUUCUUAUUUAUGCAUCUCAUUUCUUUGUAUUAUUUUUCUAUAGCUUAACGAUCAUAGCAGUUCUUUUCGUGCGUGUGUCAGUUAUCAUGACACUUCAUACUUGCGCUCGCACACACUGAACAUUUCGAGAUUUCUUCCUUUUUUAUUUUGUCAUAAUCAGUAAGUAUCGCCAAGGACUUCGUUUCAAUUUUCAAAAAUAAAAAAGUAAACAUUCACAUUUUUACGGUACCAAACUAACGCAAAUCUUUGUAUCACUCCUGCUGUAGAUAAAACAAAAACAACUAUACCAAAAGAUGAGCCACACUAUGGUAAAUCUAAGAAAUUUGUUGGUGAAAGUGACACGUUUAAGAUCUCUCAUGCUUUGUUUUGACAGGCAUCUCUCAAAAGUUGAACAGCUCUUGUAAAUAAUGAUAAUGAUAAUACAGAUAAGUUAAUCACUUAAUAUACACUUGUUUGCUAUCAAAACCAUUUAUACGAUGCAUUAAAAAUUAUCGCAGUUAGAUUGCUCUA